AUUCUUCUUCUUCUUCGGUUUUUUUUCUCUCUUCUUAUUCAUUUUUGUCCAUCUUUUUCGUAAUCGUCACAAAUCGGCUUGUAACAAGUAGGCAUGUUUAAAGUUUUACGAAUAAAAUUGUGCAUGGCGGACAUAAACUAACCGAGAGAGAGAGAAAAAAGAAGAAAGAAACAACCUCAAUUUCAUAGCAGCAAAAUUGAGUCGGGAAAAACUCGUGUGCUAACAAGAAAUACAUAGCAAUCAAUUCAAUGAAAACGUAGUUGAAAUCAAAAGUGAAAUUGAAACGAGUGAAACAAAUAACAUCAACGGUGUACGUUUAACCAUAGAGAAAUUAUUCAAUAUAAAGUUUUUUUAGCAUACUUACCAAACACACAUUUCAUUCGAUAAAAUUUACCCAUGAAAUUUUAUUUUGCCGACACAGCGUACGAAAAUUGGUCACAGAAAAUAGCGAAAGACAAAAAAAUCAAUAUAAUAUAGAAUUUGUAAUGUGACACGAGACAUUGCAAUUGAAACGAAAACUUAAGUGAGAAUACAUACACACGAAUCAUAAAAAAACCACUGUUGAAUUAAAUUGAAAUUAAAAAGAUCGAAUUUUUUUGCAAAAUAAAAUAUUAAGAUAUUGUAGAUGUGUAGACAGUAUAAAAAGUGUUGUAUGUAUUUAUGUUUGCGAAUGCAAAAAAAGAAAAAAAAUUCUGGCGCCGAAAAAUAGUAUACAUACUAAAAGCAGCAUUUAUCAGACACAAUGGGUGCAUAUUUAUCGGCACCACUUACUGAUAAAGAGUCUACUGAUGAGGCUAACGAAUAUUUAUCAUGCGGUGCGAGCCAAAUGCAAGGCUGGCGAAUGUCCCAAGAGGACGCUCACAUUUGUGCGUUGAAUUUUGAUACAAACACAUCAUUAUUUGCGGUAUUUGAUGGUCAUGGUGGAUCCGAAGUUGCGUUGUAUUGUUCACAGAAGUUGCCCGAUUUUUUAAAAAAUGUUGCUGCAUAUAAAAAAGGUGAAUUUGAACAAGCGCUAAAAGAUGCAUUCAUUGGUUUCGAUGCAACACUAGUCAAUGAAGAUGUUAUAGAAGAAUUGAAAAAACUUAUACCCGAUGACAAAGUCGAUGAAACGGACACAGAUGAUGAUGCCGAUGAAGAUGAAGAAAAUAUCCGUGAAUUGUAUAACGAAGGCCAUAUGCCUUUAAACGAAUUAUUGGAAAAAAUAAAAGAUCCAUUGGCAAAAGUAAAAGCCGGUGAAUCGUCGGGCACAUCAAAACCGAUGUCACCAUUCUUGCGUGGCCGGCGUAAUGGUAGCAGCAGUAGUGGUGCCGCCAGUGAUGGGGGUAGCAGCAGCGCUGGCGGUAGCAGUGGUGCGACCACCGAAAAUGGUGAAUGCUCUUCAGCAUCUGAUGCAACCAAAAGCAUUGCACCAAAAAAACUUGAUAGUUCAGAGGAAGAAGCAGUUUCAAGUUCAAGCGCUACUGUUGACAAGAAAUCAGAUACUACCAAAAGUGUAACGAAUGGUCCAUCGGACAAUGGUCCAUCAAGCACCGAAGGUGCGUCGAGCUCAGAACCAAACGAGCGAAACUCUUGUAACAGUCCAGACAGUUCGUCAAAUGCAAAUAAAUCAACCGAUGAAGAGAGCAAGAAUCAAAAAGAGUCGUCUUCAACAAGUUCAUUGGACGAAGAUUCCGAUGAAUCAGACCAAGAGGAAGAAGAGGAUGAUGUGGAUGAGGAGGAUGAAGAUGAAGCUGAUACCGAAGACGAAGAAUCAGAUGAGGAUCGUGAAGAAUACGAAGAAGAUGAUAAGUUUUUGAAUGGCAUGAUUGAAGGUCCUGGUUCAUCAUCUGGUUGUACUGCCGUUGUUGCAUUAUUACAUGAAAAUAUAUUGUAUGUUGCAAACGCUGGUGAUUCGCGUUGUGUGGUUUGUCGCGAUGGUAAGGCAAUGGAUAUGAGUUUCGAUCAUAAACCAGAAGAUACCGAAGAAUUGGAGCGAAUUCGUAAGGCGGGCGGACGUGUUACAAAGGAUGGGCGUGUUAAUGGUGGUUUGAAUUUAUCACGAGCAAUCGGUGAUCAUGCUUAUAAAACGAACGAAGAUCUGAAAGCCGAAGAGCAAAUGAUAUCAGCAUUGCCAGACGUGAAACGUGCAACGUUGAGUCCAAAAGAUGAAUUUAUGGUGUUGGCAUGCGACGGAAUCUGGAAUUCAUUAUCUAGUGAUGAGGUGGUUGAUUUUGUACGUACUCGAAUACAAAAGGGCGAAACGAAAAUGUCAGCCAUUUGCGAGGAAUUGUUCACAACGUGCUUAGCACCAAAUACAUGUGGCGAUGGUACUGGAUGUGAUAACAUGACCGCUGUUAUAAUUCAAUUUCAACCGUUGCUAAUGGAACGAUUUCCAGCGAAAAUUAUUGAAGACAAUUGUGCCGAUGAGUUAAUUACCUCCAAGAAACGUCGAGCUUCACCAACCAGCAACAACGAUGAACUGACCACAGACUCAUCCAAACGAAUUAAGACUGACGCUGAAGAAGACGCAGAUGCAUGAAACAACACUAAUGCAUCACACACACACACACACACCCACACACACACAUACAUAUAACAUUUAAUUAAGAUGAAGAAAGAAAAUGAAAUUAAAAAAAACAGCAACUAAAUAUUAAAUUGAAAAAAAAGAAGGUAAACCAAUUUCGUAUGGAAGAAAAAAAAAACAAAAUAAAUGUCAUUAAAUUUGAUUUUGAUUAAAUUGAAAGCGAAUUUGGAGAAAUAAGAAUCAGUCGAGUGUAAGCACAAACGCACUGAACAAACAAUAUGCAAAGUGCAUUUUUGAAAUCUAAAAUGAAGACAAACAAAUAAAAUAAUUCAUCAUUUAUUUUCAACCAAGAGAAAAAGUAAAAAACAA